ACAGUAUAGAGAUCGAACAAAUGUAACAUAGCGUUAGUGACAAAAAAUGUCAAAUGGUAUACAGGUUCAAGAAAAGGUGCCCCUUAGCCUCAGAUUGCGACCGAUUCAUUUCUAAGGUCCAGAGCUCCCACCCUCUUCUGCAUGUUAUUGCACAAUGGCAGCCACCACGGAUGGUAACGUGAAGCCUCUACAGAUUGCAAUGAGGCUGGUCAAGACUGCAAUACAGUUGGAUUCGGGAAACAGACACAAGGAGGCGUACUGCGAAUAUUUGAGGAGUGUCAACUAUAUAUCCCACGUCCUUUUGGAGGAUGCAUCCUCAAAACAGGAUGAAAUGGGAAGCGUGGAAGUGGAUAAGAUGAUAAAGUUGGCUGAACAGUGUCUGGAAAGAAUCAAGUCAUUUACUGCAAAACAAAAGGAACCUCCACCACCGUCCUACACAUCUUUGCCCGACCAGACAACCUCUUCCAGCCUUCCCCCAGUUGUGGCCAACACUACGCCAGCUGCACCUGAGAAGACAGACAUAGAGUUAGAUGUCCAUAGCAGACCAAACGCUAGAAUUCGUCUCAGGCACCGGCGUGUCCUAUCAGAGGGAGAGGGGACGGCCUCCCCCUUUCUACCCCCUGAGAUCUUCCAGAGGCUGCAGACAGUGGAGAACCCAGACAGAAAGGAACUCACCCCAAUUGAGGAGGCAUCUCGUCUGAAUGAGAAGUUGAAAGCAAACUAUGAGGCUCGAAUGGCUAGACUUACUCCUGGACAGGCAACGCAGAAAACAUCAUUGACCCUCUCCCUCCAGCGGCAAAUGAUGGAAAACCUCAUCAUCGCCAAAGCCAGACAAGAUGCUCUCCAGAGGAAGAUGGAGGAGCGAAGACUGCGGCUUCAGGAGGAGGCCAAUAGGAGGUUUGCUUCGUCCGGCAUCAUGUCAGCAGAAGACCGGGAACAGCGCUUACUGUAUGCUAACAUUCUUGAAUAUGAACAAGAUCAUGACUGGCCAAAGAUGUGGAAGGCAAACCUGAAGAAGAAUCCGGAAGAUCCCGCCUUAGUCUCUGGGCUCGUCAACUACAUGCUCAGCUGCCCUGACCAUCCUGUGGUCAUGUUGCUCCACCGGCUCCAAUACCGCACGUACAACCGUCUCUACCCCAUCAUCAGCAGGUAUGCCCCCCCAAGCCCCAUGGCAGGCUAUGGAACCCCCAUCAAGCCCUCGCGCAGUGCCCAUAGCCUGCUGCUGCACCCGGACAGCUCCCACGGUAGCACGCCGGGCGUCGUCCACUCGCUGUCCGACAUGUCGCUGUCCGUGUCACUGUCGCACGACCACAGCACACACGACCACAGCUCACACUACGAGGAGACCGACGGCGACGAGCCUCACGGCCACACCGCGCCUGACCGGGAGAACUCCUUCGAGGACCUGGAGCAGUUCCUGACACAGCUGGACUGGGGUCAGAGCACUGACCUGGACUUGACCUCUGACCCCGUGCAUGGGGAAGUCGACUCUCAGAUCCAGGACCAGGAGGAGCGGGCCCUCAAGGAGCACCUGAAGACCAUCGUUAAGGACAUCCACAAUACAAUUGAUCGACUGUUAUCGUUAUGUUUGCUGUCAUUCGAAUGUCUCAACACUGCAAGUGCCAAAGACAUAUGUGUGGCCAGCAUAGAAGAGGCUUUCUUCACACCACUAUGGAGUCCCCUUCUCGCAUUGUUCAGAAAGGUGUACCACGAGCGAGAGCUGGCCUUUGAGAUCAGCGCCAGGCUAUACCGAGACGCGUCACCAGGUGACAUUGGAGUCCCAUCAAAACUCUUCCACAGUAACCAAUCUGUGCUGAAUGGUGCCUAUGCAUAUGAGCCAGCAGUGCAGGAACUGAAGAUGUUGUGCAGGGACUGCUGUCCCCAGAGGAAACUGGAGUGCAUCGUGAGAACACUGAGGCUCAUCUGUGCGUGUGCUGAAGACUACCGCUCUCUCCAUGAGGAAAACUCGCCUCCCAAAACAGCUGCUAUAGGUGCAGAUGACCUGUUGCCUAUCCUCUCAUUUGUGGCCUUGCGCACAGAGCUUCCCCAGCUGGUUUCUGAGUGUGCUGCUUUGGAAGAGUUCAUUCAUGAGGGGUACCUGAUUGGUGAGGAGGGCUACUGUCUCACUUCAAUGCAGAGUGCGCUGACCUAUAUAGAAUCACUACACACCUUGACCACUCCACUGCCCAACACUAAGCUCACCUGACCGAUGAGGGGCAGGCUCCAGACAAGGCAUGCUGUAACUGGGAGGAGAUGAGGUUCCUGUGAGAACUCCGUAGAACCCACCACGGGACCGCCAGCCAUUUCCGCACCACCCAGCUCACCCUGCUUCUCCCUCCUCCCCAAACACACCCCACCCCACUUUCAUCCUGUAAAUACCCCCACCCCCUCUCCUACUCAGGGGCGUCGUUAUGACGAUGCCUCUCACAUAUGUCCAAAGUUCCAUUGGAUUCUACUGACUGAGGGGGGUAGGCUGACUACUGUGUGUGUGUGUGUGUGUGUGUGUGAGCGCUGGGUGAAUGUGGAUAGGGGAUAAGCAGGGACCCUGUGUGGGGUGGUUACUGCUGUCGGCAGUGGCAGGUGUGGAGAAGAGGACGCCCCAUCAGUGAUCCUCAGGCUGCACAACGGACCAGAGCAGAGCAGCCCUGGUGGUGUUGGCAGACAUUCUGUAGAAAAACCACGGUCACAGGCCUGGUGGUGUUGGCAGACAUUCUGUAGAAAAACCACGGUCACAUCUGUCAAGUAAUCUAUAUAAAGGCAGGAGUCCGGCCAUGUGUUGGCCAGAUGUGUCGUAUAUGUAUCAACAAGCAUGUGCCUGAUGUCUUCUCAACCAAAGUGACAAUAUCAAAGGCCCACAUGCAUGAUGCUAUGGUUUAUUUUAAAUGCCCUCUUCCUGCAGUUUUAGAUUUUGUGAACAACCAUAGUCUCAUAUUUUACUAAUCAAAGCACUGUUUGUGUUAAUUUCUGUAGGAAGGAUGAUGUAUUGCAUUACUAUUUAACAGCUAUAUUAUAUAUCAAGCGGGUUCUUAGAUUACAUCUUAUUUGCUUGGUUCUAGGUUUGUUUUAAGGUAACACUUUUUGAGGAACUAUCACUGCUCUCGCUUGUACAAAUAAACAAAAGUGGCUUUAGGGCUUUACAGUUAACUGUAAAAUUGGUAAACCAGUCAACCAGUUAUAGCCUUUUUUUACAUGUUCCAUUAUGUGUUCUGGUGUAUAUCUUGUCAUUUGCAACAAUGAUAGACACUUAACAUUUAAGACUGCACUUCAGAUGUGUUUAUACAGAGUGUAAUAUUGUGUUAUGAAAUGAGGUGCGCGUGUGUGUGUGCGAGAGAAACGUGGCCAUGUGUGUUUGCACAAACAGAUCAUGUAUGUUUUCAGCUAUUUACUCCCUUAAAAAGCAAGAUGGGUUUACAAGAAUCAUCUCCAGAUUUCUGUCCUUAUUUCAUCCCCUUGAGAAGUGCAUAAUCGGGGUGGAGCUAGCUAGCAAGCAUUCAAUGUCUAAUCUGAGCAUCAUCCAGGCAGUGUCACAUCUCAACAAGCCUCUUAUGUGAUGUGCGUUUGUGGGGAUCGGCCUGUUCCGUGCCCUGGUGCCACAUGUGCCCACUGCUGCGUUGGCACACAGCGCUUUGGGUCAGAGUAGGGAGCCAUUGGUGAGGCUGAGACACUAUCAGAGGGGUUCAGGGCCUACCACAUAGAAUAAACAAAACAAACUCUAUAUCUCUGUUAUCUACAAUUUGUUUAUACCUUAUACCCAAGGGUGGUCUGUGCUCCUAUUAACCACUGCACUAUGAUCAUGUAAACUAAAGUUAUUGUUUUCAUUUCAUAAGUCAUUUUUUUAUGCUGCAAUUUUGCUAUUUAAUACUUUUUACUGAGUUUGUAUGAGUGCAAAGUGUUAAGAAAUGUGAAAAGAAUUGCUGUGUAUGAUGGUUCAAACUACUGUAUCAUUGUAUGUAUCAUAAAAUAUGAGUAUGACACUUCAACUUUUCCUGAUUGCCCUAACACUGAAUUAACCUUUUUAAAUGUACUUGUACAGCAAUGAUAUCAACUGUAGGCAACUCCUUGUUUAAGGAAAUAUGCUCAACAGAUAGGUAAGGAUUUUCUGAGUUUUAUUUGUUGUUUGUUUAUUUGUUGUCUGAAGCAUUUUUAAGAUAAUUAUUAUAAUGUGAACGUACACUGGAUGUCAAAAAUACUGAUGGCAUUUUUAUGUGAAACUGUGUUUACAUGUUUUCCCCAUCUUUGACUGAUUUGGAGAAUGUCCUUGGCAUCAGUUGAGUUUGCUUUGUAAGUUCCAUUUCUGUGUGUGUGUGUGUGUGUGUGUGUGUGGGUGGUCAAGAAAGAAUGGGAUUGACAUCCUGAGUUUUCUAACAAUAAAGAUGUAUCUAAACUUUAAA